AUGAGCCCGGAGAAGGGGCGAGGAAUGAGAAGAGCGGGGGAAAUUCUCCUCUUUGCACUUGCUGAGCGACCGACCUGCUCGAUCUUGGUCUUCCACCGUGUGGAAGACUUGACCCGGGGUUGUGAGCUUGUAGUUAACAGUGUUACUCUGGUGAAAAUACUGAGCGGGAUUGCAAAGUUUCAUGGUGAGGGAUAUCAGGAGGGGUAUGCUGAAGGCAGUCAUGUUGGAGUUGUUGAGGGAAGGAGGUAUGGAUCGCUCCAUGGUGCCAAGAUUGGGUCUGAGAUUGGCUGCUACCUUGGGUUUGCACUGACGUGGCAGUGUCUGCUCCAGAAAUGCACAGAUGAAAAGAACAGCAAAAAGAUAAGGGCUCUGGAAUCAUUAAUAGGGAUGAUUCAGAAAUUCCCGUAUGGAGACCCCACUUAUGAUAAGCUGCAAGAAGAUCUGGAAAAAAUCAGAGGAAAAUUUAAACAGGUUUGUUCAAUGCUAAAUAUUCAGUCCAAUUUUAGAAUCGGUACUGAAAGAUCUUCACUAACAUUUUGAAUAUAACAGAUGAAGAUAAACAUGGAUUACCAAAGAAGAAACAUUAAAAGAACAGAUAACUGGGAAA